AUGGGAUACUUCUCGAAACGAAACAUAUUCAUCUACUGCUGCGUAUCAGCAUGCUUAUCAUUGCUUACCUACCUGGUGGCGUUCUCUUGCGAAAUCUCCUGGAUACUGGAGGCUCGCGGUGACCUGCCCAUUCCGGCGUAUCUACUGUGCGCUCAGUUCUUUAUUCUCUUCAUCUCCUCGGCCAUCCUGAUCCAUGGACUGUCGACGGGCAUCUCGUGGGGCCUGCUCAGCUGGUCGAUCAUUAUCGGUGUGCUGUCGGUACCGGAACUGGCACUAGUCAUGUACAUGACCAUACAGUAUUGGGGUCUCCAAUCGGCACACGGGCUAACGGAAUUAAUUGGAUAUUUAAUACGUUUAAUAGUCAACUGUUUAGCACUGCUGUGCGUUAUUCCGACCGCACUGAGAUGGCGACAAGAGAAAAAGGUCCUAUCGCAGCUCGAAUCGCUGGCUUCUCGUCUGCAACUCACUACUCCAACCCCAACGACACCCUUUAACACCACCACCGGUAUGAAUUCACUCCGGGCGAGCAAACGAAGCACCCAAGGACCUCCAACAAUAGGAAGCCGUCGUCCUUCAACCGGCUUUGAUAACCCCGGCUACGUACCGCACGAAAACAACUCACUCGACAUCGUGCAACAGUACACGGCAUACAACAACCUGUACGGAUCGCAGAGUGAAUUCAACGCCAGCAUCUUUGGGUUACCACCCGCCAUGCCAACAGGACCACCACCCCCGAUGGCACCCGAAUGCAAGAAGACACAAUCUCUGCUCGAUCUGCGCUUCAUCUUCCCGCCAAAGUUUCUCACCUCACACGCCACGAUCAGCGAGAAGAAAUCCAAAGAUCCCGCCGUGUCGGACGAACCGGACAGCGUGCUGCACAACAACCUGAAAAAUCAGAUCCACAACAAGCUGCACGAUGUGCCGGAGAAUGGAACGCUACGAUCAGGAGGUCCACGGGAAAAGGACACAAACGCAUCAAUCGAUCGACUCCACCCGGGCACGGUAGCAACACUAGCCGAUGGUUCGAUACCACCCGUGAGCGAUCCUAUCUAUUACACAAUCGAAUCGACUAAGAACAACAAGAUAUUGGGCCGGAAUUGCGUAUCGCUCGAGAACCUGGGAAAUAUCACGUUCUCAGAAUCACCGCUGCCAGUGAAAAAGCACGAUCUACCGUACCACCGGUACGGGCACAAUCUGCUCAAGAGCUACGCCAUGAAUCCAUGGAAUGUCCUCGCGUACAACCCGGCGUACAGUGCGUACCCACCGGCGUAUUAUCACUACCAGCUGGGGUUGAACCCAUACCAGCUGUACCAACUACACCACCACGGGAACUAUGGUGGCGCAGGAAGCCCAAUCCCGUCCGGGGGUUACUUUCCCGGUUUCCAUGGAGGUCCUGCCGGCUACGGGAAAAACCCCGCGCAACUGGCCAGCUACGGGUAUGGGAACAAUCUCUACCUAAACGGUGCCACCGACAGCCGACAAUCACUCGGCAACGAAUCAGACGACUUCCGGAAGUACCGCGACGUGGCACUAUAG